AACAGUGUAUUUAACUCCUUGACUUCUGAUGCCGGUUCCAUCUUCUCCGAAGGAACCUCGGGGGCCGCUUCCGUGUUCACCGAUGUGACAUCGUUUGCUGGAGGUGUUGCCAGUCAUCAUGUAGCUAUUGGUGGUGAGGUUGCGACUGUUAUUACCUCCGCAGGUGGCAAGGCGAUCACACUGGCCACCAGCGGCGCGGGUGUCGUCACCAGUUUUGCUGGCUCCGAGUACACUGUAGCCACCGCUGCAGUUGGCACCGCUGCAACAGGCACGGGCAACGCGGCUCUUGGCAUGCACGCGCUCUCCAUAUCGACACCGCUCCUCGUGGGCUUACUGGCGGUCUUCGCGAGUAUCUUCACCGGGGCAUGGGUCGCUCUGUAA